GAGCUGCCGGGCAGGAUGAGCGUCCUGGGGGCUGGCCACAGAACCGGGGGAGGCUGCGAUGAGGCCGCAGCUCUGGGACCCGCAGAGGCGCUGGGGACAGAAGAAGGGGAAAGGCCAGGGGCACUGAGGCAGAUGUGGCGCUACCGCUCCUGGGACGUGCCACAGAUCCCAGCCGAGGCCCCCCGGACACAAGCUUGGAGACAGAACCAUUGGGAAACUUCCUCAGAGGGACCCAUGCACCCCAGGGGGACAGUGUCAGGCCCACUUGGAUUUCACUGCCCUCCUCCUGGUCCCCCUGGCACCUCUGCUAGCUGGAGGGCUGGUGCCCCACCUCCCUGGGCAGACCUUCUCCAGGCCCACAGGAACCUUGAAGGAUGCUGGGCCCAUCCACCUGGCCCUGCCAUGGAGACCUUCUUUAGGAGACGCUUCCAGUGGAAGGCGCCGGGCCCCGGGGAGGGGCAGCGGCGGCCCAGUGGCGUGGGGCUGCCCACAGGCAAGGCCCGACGCCGCUCCCCUGCCGGGCAGGCCUCCUCCUCGCUGGUGCAGCGGCGCCGCUCCAGCGCACAGCUCCAGGGCUGCCUCCUGAGCUGCGGGGUGGGGGCCCGGGGCACCAGCCGCCGGCGCUCCAGCACCGUGCCCCCUGCCUGCAGCCCCCGCUUCGUCGUGGAUGAGGUGCUUGCCCCACAGCCUGCCGCGGUCGAGGCGCAGCCUCUGGGCACACCCCUGCUGUUGGCUGAGAUCAUAGGCGUGCCCGAGGAGGAUGUGGCCGCUGCGGCAUUGAGGGCCACGCAGCCGGGAGCCAAGAGACCGGGGUCCUCCUCACACCGGGGCACCCUCGUGCCCAUGCUUCGCUGCCUGCGCCGGCACCGGCCCUCCACCCCCCUGCUCCCUGCGGACGUGGUGUAUGACCACGCCCUCUGGGGCCUGCACGGUUACUAUCGGCGCCUCAGCCAGCAGCGGCCCCCCGGCCAGCACCCUGGCCCUGGGGCCCGAAGAGCCUCAGGCACUGCAGCUGGUGCUCUGAUGCCCACCCGUGUGCGCCCGCUGUCCCGCAGGCGCCAGGUGGCCCUACGGCGCAAGUCGGCAGGACCCCAGACCUGGAGUGCCCUGCUUGCGAAAGCCAUCACCAAGUCGGGGCUCCAGCACUUGGCACCCCCUCCUCCCACUCCCGGGGCCCUGUGCAGCGAGCCAGAGCGGCAGAUCCGGAGCACUGUGGACUGGAGCGAGUCCGCGACGUAUGGGGAACACAUCUGGUUCGAGACCAACGUGUCGGGGGACUUCUGCUAUGUUGGGGAGCAGUACUGUGUAGCUAAGAUGCUGCAGAAAUCAGUGUCCCGGAGAAAGUGUGCAGCCUGCAAGAUCGUGGUGCACACCCCCUGCAUCGAACAGCUGGAGAAGCCCCUGACUCCUAGAGCGGGGUUUCCCCGCAGCUGUGCUGAGGCUGAAGCAGGGACGGUUGGGAAAAGAGAAACAAACCUAGCUCCAGGCGUUCCAGAGCCCGAGGUGGAGACCAAACCAGUUUCCACAGACGAGCUAAUGGUCUCCAGGGACCGGCCAGCACAGGUCUGCCAGCAAGGAUUAGGGCGCCUGCACGCGCCUCGGAGGAUAAAUUUCCGCUGUAAGCCGUCCUUCCGCGAAUCAGGCUCCAGGAACAUCCGUGAGCCAACCUUUGUGCGGCACCACUGGGUACACCGGCGACGCCAGGAUGGCAAGUGUCGCCACUGUGGGAAGGGCUUCCAGCAGAAGUUCACCUUCCACAGCAAGGAGAUUGUGGCCAUCAGUUGCUCCUGGUGCAAGCAGGCAUACCACAGCAAGGUGUCCUGCUUCAUGCUGCAACAGAUAGAGGAGCCGUGCUCCCUGGGCGUGCACGCUGCUGUGGUCAUCCCGCCCACCUGGAUCCUCCGCGCCCGCAGGCCACAGAAUACCCUCAAGGCAAGCAAGAAGAAAAAGAGAGCAUCCUUCAAGAGGAAAUCUAGCAAGAAAGGGCCAGAGGAGGGCCGCUGGAGACCCUUCAUCAUCAGGCCCACCCCGUCGCCCCUCAUGAAGCCCCUGCUGGUGUUUGUGAACCCCAAGAGUGGGGGCAACCAGGGCGCUAAGAUCAUCCAGUCCUUCCUGUGGUAUCUCAACCCCCGACAAGUCUUUGACCUGAGCCAGGGAGGGCCCAAGGAGGCGCUGGAGAUGUACCGCAAAGUGCACAACCUGCGGAUCCUGGCGUGUGGAGGCGACGGCACGGUUGGCUGGAUCCUCUCCACUCUGGACCAGCUGCGCUUAAAGCCACCACCCCCUGUUGCCAUUCUGCCCCUGGGCACUGGCAAUGACUUGGCCCGUACCCUCAACUGGGGUGGGGGCUACACGGAUGAGCCUGUGUCCAAGAUCCUCUCCCACGUGGAGGAGGGGAAUGUGGUGCAGCUAGACCGCUGGGACCUCCGUGCUGAGCCCAACCCCGACGCGGGGCCAGAGGAGCGUGAUGACGGCGCCACUGACCGGCUGCCCCUGGAUGUCUUCAACAACUACUUCAGCCUGGGCUUUGAUGCCCACGUCACCCUGGAGUUCCAUGAGUCUCGAGAGGCCAACCCAGAGAAAUUCAACAGUCGCUUUAGGAAUAAGAUGUUCUAUGCCGGGGCCACAGGACCCCUGUCGGGCAGUGGUGAGAAGUCCCUGUCGCCAGAUGGUGACGCCCUCUCUCGCCCACAGACAGCCUUCUCUGACUUCCUGAUGGGCAGCUCUAAGGACUUGGCCAAGCACAUCCGAGUGGUGUGUGACGGGACUGACCUGACCCCCAAGAUUCAGGACCUGAAACCCCAGUGCAUUGUUUUCCUGAACAUCCCCAGGUACUGCGCGGGCACCAUGCCCUGGGGCCACCCUGGGGAGCACCACGACUUUGAGCCCCAGCGGCACGACGACGGCUACCUCGAGGUCAUUGGCUUCACCAUGACGUCCCUGGCGGCGCUGCAGGUGGGCGGGCACGGCGAGCGGUUGACACAGUGCCGUGAGGUGGUACUCACCACGUCCAAGGCCAUCCCAGUGCAGGUGGAUGGUGAGCCCUGCAAGCUCGCGGCCUCGCGCAUUCGCAUCGCCCUGCGCAACCAGGCCACUAUGGUGCAGAAGGCCAAGCGGCGGAGCACCGCCCCCCUGCACAGCGACCAGCAGCCCGUGCCUGAGCAGCUGCGGAUCCAGGUGAGCAGGGUCAGCAUGCAUGACUACGAGGCCCUGCACUACGAUAAGGAGCAGCUCAAGGAGGCCUCCGUGCCACUGGGCACCGUGGUGGUCCCCGGAGACAGUGACCUGGAGCUCUGCCGCGCCCACAUCGAGAGGCUCCAGCAGGAGCCCGAAGGUGCUGGAGCCAAGUCCCCCACCUCCCAGAAACUGUCCCCUAAGUGGUGCUUCCUAGACGCCACCACUGCCAGCCGCUUCUACAGGAUCGACCGGGCCCAGGAACACCUCAACUAUGUAACUGAGAUCGCACAGGACGAGAUUUAUAUCUUGGACCCUGAGCUGCUGGGGGCAUCGGCCCGGCCUGACCUCCCAACCCCCACUUCCCCUCUCCCCACCUCCCCCUGCUCACCCACGCUCCGGUCACUGCCAGGGGAUGCGGCGCCCCCUAAAGGUGAGGAGCUGAUUGAGGCUGCCAAGAGGAACAACUUCUGUAAGCUCCAGGAGCUGCACCGAGCUGGGGGUGACCUCAUGCACCGGGACGAGCAGAGCCGCACGCUCCUGCACCAUGCCGUCAGCACGGGCAGCAAGGAUGUGGUCCGCUACCUGCUGGACCACGCCCCCCCAGAGAUUCUUGACGCUGUGGAGGAGAACGGGGAGACCUGUCUGCACCAGGCCGCAGCCCUGGGCCAGCGCACCAUCUGCCACUACAUCGUGGAGGCGGGGGCCUCUCUCAUGAAGACAGACCAGCAGGGCGACACUCCCCGGCAGCGGGCCGAGAAGGCUCAGGACACGGAGCUCGCUGCCUACUUGGAGAACCGGCAGCACUACCAGAUGAUCCAGCGGGAGGACCAAGAGACAGCCGUGUAGCAGGAGGGACAGGGCCAGCCAGGGGAGGAGCCCCUCAUUGCCCACCUCACUGCCACAUUCCAGUCGGAUGACCACGGGGGGACCCGUGCCCCAGGGAAGGAGCCCCGUGCUGCCGCCUGUGGAGCCGCCCAGGCCUGGGGCUGGACUCUGAGGAGCUGGGGGGAUCCCACCUGUCCCCCUGAGGCCCCAGCCUGACCCGGGCCUGACAGGGGAACAGGAAACUGGACUGGACCGGGCAGGCCUUUGGGGGACUGGGGCGGGACCACCUCAGGGCCACCGUCACCCUCCCUGCAGCGGGUGCCCUCCCUGGGGGUUAGGGGUAGAGGGGGAGGGCAGCGGGGCUUGGGGCCCUUAUCAGGGAGCCUUUGGGAAGAGGCUUCCUAAGCCGCCUGGGCCGCGAGGGCCCCACUCUGAGCCUGCGGACAGCUUGGGCCCUCUCUCCUGCCCUGACCCCACCCCCCACCCCCACCCCCGGGGGGGGCUUCCUCCCGGAAACAGAGCCUGCUGCGUUUGCCUGCCCGCCGCCCUGCUUGGCGCCUACGCCCCCGAGACCCUCCCCGUGUACCCAGUCAUUUCACCACCGCCGACCGUGUGGCCUGGGGGUUGGAGUGGGGCUCUCGUGGUGACAUGUUUACAGCUGGGUGUGACUCAGUAAAGUGGACUUUUUUCCUU